ACAGCCAUGACUGGAGCACACCCUUAGCUGGCUGUCGCUGCUGUGCACAGGAGGGGAGAGAAGAAAGCGGGAAAUAAGAGUAGACAAACCCCAGGAACAAUCAGCCGAGAAGUGGUGAGCUGGUUUCCUCUUGGCUGUGCUGACGUUAACCAAGGCUCCUUAUCACUCGGUGGGCAGCGAAUGGGCAGAUGUGAUUCAAAAUAACCUGGGUUGCCGGUGAGGGGGUGCAGAGGUGAGACAACGUGGAUGACAUGUGACCAUUUCGGAGGUGGGUGGCAGACAAUUGGGGGUUCAUUUCACUAUUCUCUCUGCUAAGGUCACACGUCAGAAAUUUUCCAUGACAAGUUAACAUACGUUUGUGUCUCAGCCACUUUUCAUCACUGGGACAAAACACCCAACAUUUAAACCUGCUUCUCUAGUGAGCACUGAUACGAGCGUCACACAGAAUAGUUUCUCUGGUCUAAAAUCCUCUGGGCUCCACCCAUUCCUUCCCCCUUCCUCCCUAACCACUGAUCUUUCUACCGUUUCCAAGGUUUUGCCUUCUCUGGAAUGUCUGUGAGGUGCAGCCUUUCAGACUGGCUUCUUUCACUUAGUGGCAACCAUUUAAGGUUCCUCUGUCUUUUCAUGGUUUGACAUAAAGCAACGUUUGAUUCUCUAGAACGAUAAUUCUAACUGGGAAUGUUUUGAGGACCUUUUGUUGCUGUUAUUGUUUCUGCACUAAAUGUUUUUAAAAGGAAGAUGAUACAAAUAACGUUAGAGAAUUCCAGUUCUUUCACGAUAUGAUCCUUACCGGUUCCCUGCAUGGAAUGGUGUAGCUGUCUGGAAUACUGAGUGGGGGUGCAGGUGGGGAAUGCCUAGCCCGUGCCAGGAUUCCGGAUGUCGAUGCCCGGCUGUAACAGAAUUCUCUGAGUGAAGGCCGUAGUGUGCUCUUUUGAACUUUGGAUGUUCCUGAGGAACUGGUAGUGCUAUGAGGCAAACAUGUGGUGUCAGUAUACCCCAUUAUACCUAAAAUUAGCGGAUGUUGUUGUAUGGCAGAAAGCAGACAAGCAGAAAGGUCAGAAUGGAUGGUUAAAUUCCUGUUCUGCCCAAGAUGAGACAGGGUUCCCUGGUCUUCCCCUCCUGCUGCGGUGUCCUGACCGUAGGGCUGUGCUUGCGCCCUCUGCUGGGGGAACAGACCUGGCCGAGAUGGGCGAGAAAAGCAAGCGGAGGUCGGCAUCCCCUUCCCACUGUAUUUGGGAUGGAGUUCAAAGAAGCAAAGAGCGCAGCCUGAAAGGGCUGCCUUCACUGUUGUAGUGGCAAAGGACCAACCGGAACAUACAGACAGGUCGCCCAGGAGAAUGGAAGACGGACCGAGAAGUUAUGGAGGCAGAGUGUACAGUUUUAUUUUUAAGGCCAGCGGGUCAGGCUGGGACUUCUCCACAGAGAGACCGACCCCUCUUUGGGGUGGAGCAGGGCGGGUUAUCCUCUCGGGAGGGGCGGGCUUGCAGGAGUUAAACACUUUGCAUUGGUUACACAGAGCACAAGUCAUCUGGGCCCAGCAAAUUCACCGGCUAUCAGAUAUUACAGACAGCAAGCUGGGCGCACAGAGCCACACGUCAUUUACAUUUGGCGGGGAGAGAGAAGUAAUAAAACCGAGAACAAAGAAAAUUCCUGAAGUGCUUGAGAGGAAAUGUCCAGAAGCCCGGACACACUGAGGGAAUGGGGGAAAACUUUUCCAUCACUGACCCUGGGACCCGGGGCUGCUGUGCUAGAACCUGUGACAAGUUAAAAAAUUCCCUGGACUGCUGUGAGAAGAGAGUGCCGUGGAGCCUAGAAGUGAGGACCACUCCCUGCGGAAAUCACUGAGAUUAAGGAAAAGGUACCGGGGAUCAAACUCAGGACCUUAUGUGUGGUGCAGCUGAUCUACAUCCCCAGUCCAAAUACAGGCACUUCUAGAGAAGCCACACUUCAUUUUCAACACUUUGCUUAGACAUUUCCUCAGCUAGGAUUCCAGGUGUGAGUCACCACAUCUGGCUUAACGGCCCCUUCCUCAGAGCAAGAGCAUCCUGUGAUUGGCACAGCCCAGGCACCAAGUCAGUAGAAUUUCAGGCUCACCAGUGAGCUUGGUCGACAGCCUCUGUGCAAUGGGUCAUCCGCAGGACCUUGGCACAGGGUCAUGAUCUCAGGUCGCAAUUUACAUGAACCCAGUGGUUUGCUGCUGCUGCCCAGCUGCAGAUGCCAAGAAUUGAGCAGUACUUCUCUGCCACAUUCUUCACUAUGAUGCUUCUGCCUUGCAGUGUGCUGACCAUGGACUGAAACACCUGAAACUGUGAGCCAAGAUAAACCUCUCCUCUUCUUUUUAAAUUUUUUUUUAUUUUUAUUUUUUUUACCUCUCCUCUUCUAACCUGACUUUCUCAGAUGUUUGGUCAUAGUGAUGAAAACCUAACUAAUACAUCCCUGUGCUUUUUUUUCAACAGUCCUGCUAUGAGACUGAUAAAAUCACAGAAAUAGAAAGCUUGUAUAAAACAAAGGAAUUGUUACUAAGGAAAAUAUCUUGACAAACUUUCUAUCUUUACUUGCUCUGGUAGACUUAAUAGUCAUUAAUUCUAGAGGCCACACAGCUAGGCAGUAUAUUAUUAGUUUCCGCUUAACUUCACUGUAAAUAACACCUCUGAUGUGCUGGUUAUGAUAUCAGUUGCCUGGGUUACUUUGCAGCAACUUGAAACAACCUUUGUUGAAAACACCAACCCUUCCCUCAAGCCUACAAUAUCUGAUAGGUGACUAAAAUGGGAUAGAAGAGUGGCAAAUCUAUCAUCAUAUUGUGUCUGUUUCCUUUACUGUCCUAACCCUUGGGUAAUAGAUUCUGCUCAGGUCUGCACAUAGACACAUUGAUCAUUUAAAAGUGUUCAGCCCAAGAGUGUAAUACAAGGUUCAUUUGGCCUGUUGCCCAUGAGUGCUAUAGGUUGCUUUUCCUUUCUUUCUUCCCUCUUUUUUGCCCAUAUUCUUUUGUUUCUUUAGCAGUGGCAACAGCCCAAGGCCCUUCAUAAGGCCUGGAGAAGACCACAAGAAGAACCCAGCAAUUCCUAGGACAAGUUCACUGUGACCACCUGGUGGUCCAAGCCUUGCAAGAAGACGUCUUUUGGAGCCAUAGCCCUGGCUGGUGGAAACUUACUGGCUUUUUAGUUCACCUCAGCAAAUCCAUAAAAGCUCAUUGCUUUCUUUGUCCUGGGAACAGCGUGUUCCCCCUUUUUUGGGUGAAGAAGAGGAGAAAGAGCAGCAGUCAUUGUGGUUAACUGCCCGUGUCUCAGCAGUCAGCUGUGUGAGCCUGGGGAGGAGUCAAUGGUUGGAAACAAGAGAGGAGUAGAGAAGGAUGAGGGCUUGGAGAUUGCCCCUCAUGAAAGGGUUUGGCAUUGCCAGUCGGGGCAGGUUGAGGUCUGCAGGACUCACAGAAGCAGCAGGAGCGGGUCUCAGGAGAGCUCAUCCUUGGAGCAGGGCUGCACAAGGCCCAGCCUGCGACUCCUGCUGCUGGGGAAACAGCGUGCAGGAAAAAGUGCUACUGGGAACACCAUCCUGGGCAGAGCUGCGUUUGACUCCAGGUUCAGCUUGCAGAAUGUGACUGUGCGGUGCCAGAGAGAGACUGGGGCUGUUUUAGGGAGGCAGGUGGUGGUCAUCGACACGCCUGACAUCUUCUCCCCACUAGCCUGUGUCGAAGCCAAACCAGGCAACAUGGACCAGUGCUUGGAGCUCUCUGCUCCCGGCCUCCAUGCGCUGCUCCUGGUGGUGCCCAUCGGAAAUUACACUGUGGAGGAUGAGCAGACCUUCCAGGGCAUCCAGGAGGAGUUUGGGGCAGAGGCCAGCAGGCACAUCCUUAUAGUCUUCACCAGGAAGGAGGAGCUGGGUGACAACUCACUGCAGGAUUACAUCGAAAGCAAAGAGUUUCUUAAAGUGUUGGUUGGAAGUGUUGAAGGCCGCUACUGUGCUGUGGACAACAAAGCGGAUGAGGGUGAGCGGGCGGCCCAGGUGUUGCAGCUCCUCAGCAAGAUCGAGCAGUUGGUGGAGAGUCAAGGACUAUGGCACAUGAACUUCAGAACCGAAGGCCACCGAUUUCAGGAUUGUGUGAAUGGAGCUGCCUGUCAGGAGAGGGCUGAUCCACGUGGAACCCUGAACAUUAUCCUCGUGGGAAGGAGUGGAGCUGGGAAGAGUGCAACCGGGAACACUAUCCUGGGGAGACAGGCCUUCCUCUCUCAACUCCGAGCCCAGCCAGUCACCCAGACAUGCCAGAGUGGCAGGAGGACAUUGGAUGGCCAAGAUAUUGUGGUCGUGGACACCCCGUCCUUCCUGGCUGGUGAUGAGAGAAACCUAUCCUGGUUAGAGGAAGAAGUUAAACGCUGUUUGUCUUUAUGUGAGGGAGGAACCAAGAUCUUUGUCCUGGUGCUCCAGCUCGGAUGGCUCACUCAAGAGGACGAAAGAGCAGUGCUGAGCCUGGAGACCAUCUUUGGAGAGGAUGUUAUGAAAUACAUGAUUGUGCUGUUCACCCGGGAGGAAGACCUCAAGGGCGGGAAGAUUGAAGAUUACACUGAGAACACAGAUAACAAAGCCCUUAAGAGUCUAAUUGAAAAGCACAAGGGGCCAGUUUGUGCUUUUAAUAACAGAGGCACUGACCAAGCCCGGGAAGCCCAGGUGAAAGAUCUUUUGAAGAAGGCCAAUGACCUGAGAAAAAGUCAUGAGGGGUCUGGGUAUUUCUCUACAUGGGAGAAUAUCAGCCAACAAAUUAAAAAUGCCCAGAAAAAGUACAGUUGCAAAAUAUUCAUAAGGACUUUAAAAAAUAUGCUUCAGUAGGUAGCUGAAAGGUCUGGGGUCUCUUCAUAUUAGGAACAUUGUCAUGCUGGGAGUGGGGUGGGAUAGGGUAGGACCAGUGGGAUGGUAGGAAGGCCCAUGGCGUUCAUGGUUUAAGAGGCUAAUCCAUGCUACCUUGUGGUCCUGUGGAUAUUUGUAGGCAAAUAAAUAGUCAGGCUGGAGCAGGGAAGAGUGGAUUGUAAAGGAGAAAGAGGGAACAAGGCAGAAGAAUUUAAAAGAAAGGGUUUGAAUCUGAUGGAGUCAGGACAGAUACCACGGCCAAGGCCCACACUGGCUGUGGCAUCAGAUUACAGAUAGUUGCACAACAACCGUGGGAUUCAGGCACAGAGAGCGGCACAAUGUCCGGUGUGCACCUGGGCAUGGCUGGUGUUGGAGCGACUCCAGUGGGCCUCUCUGCGGCCCAGUCUGUCCUCCAGGUGCACUGGUUCUUCGAGCUCCCUGGUUUCCUUUGGGUGAGGCCCAGGGCUGGUGUCCUCCUCUCCUCACAGGGUAGCUCCUUCUUCCAGCCCUCUCCUUCCAUGCCUGAUGUAAAGCAGGACACAGACUCCCCUUCCUUGUCCUCGAGAAAACGAAUAGAUCUUUGAAGUUUCAAGAGAUUUUAUUGCGGAUUAGCACAGCAAAGUAGGCUAGAACAAACAUUGGAAGCAUAGUACAAUUUGAAGUUAGCGAAUCUUGCAAAAUUUUAACUUUGAUUCUACAUUUCCUGUAGAGGUCAUUGGAAACUCCUUUACACUUUCCUCUGCCUUUUUUUUUUUUUUUGGUACCGAGGAUUGAACUCAGGACCUUGUGCUUUCGAGGCAGGCAGCGGAACCACUGAGCUAAAUCCCUGGCCCUCCCUCUGCCUUUAAAAAGAAUUCAUAAAUAUUAAUAAAUAGGUUAAAACUCAGACAACUCAAAUAAUAAUGGUUGAAACACACUCAGGGCUCAUUGUAUCUCAUAUCAAAAAGCCCAUGAGCACUCAGUGUUGGGCUGGUCAGCAUCAGAAUUCCAGCUUGCUCCUGUCUUUCUGCCCAGCUUCGGUGGCACAUGAACCCCGUGGUCGAGUGUUCCAAGGUGAGUGUUCUGUCCAUGCUGAACAGGUUCUUUUGGAAGCUUCCGGAGGUGUGCAAUGUGUGAAAUCAGAACUAUAGAUUCUUCUCCCAGGGAGAUAGGGAGUUGGAUGUUUUCAAUAAUACCACUUUAUUCAUGCUUCAAGGACAAGAGCUAAGAGAUAACUCUGUUAUCUACUGUCUUUUCCCCUGACAACAUUUGGUUACCUUCAAGAUUAACUUAUUUAUAAGAGCAUGGAUUGUUACCAUUAAUACCCAUAGGCGCCACCUAUCUCUUAACAUGGGAACUUCCUGAAAAUGUGUGUGUAAAUGUAUUGAGUUCAAUCAAAUGGUAAGGAUGAAUAAGAUUAUGAAUUUCCAUUCUCUUCUGAUCUCUUUUUUUUUCUGCCACCAAAAGAGCAUGUGUCCAUGGAGAGGCAAUUGCGAUGUCUUGAAGCAAGAGAGGCCUUUACCUUUUGAAUGAGUGACAGUUACAUGCGUGGCAGCCCUCUGUGGCUUACGGAUCUCCCACACUGGAUAUUUUAUCAGCACAAGGACAAAUAAAUAUA